AUGGAAAUAAUAUUCGGUGUUACAUUUACCGAUGAAAGGCUCACUAUCCGUGAAUUAAAAAACCGAUUUCAAAUGCCUACAGAGUAUCAUCCAUGGCUUCCGGAAAUUGUAACGUAUCCCUCUGUUCCGGUUAAUAUUGUUGUCUAUUUGGAUCCAUUAAUUGGCAUCGUGGAUGCACUUUACCGAUACUCUGUGGAUCUCCCUUGUUCAUUCGAAACUUGGCGGCAUCCUUUCGAGUUAUUCCAAUGCGAGAUUGUUAUAUCAAAUAUUGGAGAUGAGCGUAUUUUUCUUCGUGACUUCCAGGAUCUGCGUAAUAUAGAAGAAAUCUCAAAAGUUUCGGUCAAUGUUGAGACAUUCAAAGAAGUAAGGAUUAUUGCGAGUUAUCCAAAAUUAUGGUUCUCAUCAAUGGUUGUUAACAUACUUCCUUCCACAGUCAUUUUUUGCGUUGUUAUUUUUGCACAGUACAGGCGCCGUAAAGUCCAUACAUUGGUUACUAUAUCUGCUUUCGUGUGCAUUAUUUUCAUGCAAUCAGUCCGCAAAACAGAAAGUAUUCUAACCUUGGAAGAUUUAUGGUUGUGUGUUACUUUUUUGCAUGUUUCCUGCGUCCUAUUAGUUGAUCUAAUGAUACCAACAUAUCGUACUCAAUACGUUGAUAUUACCAAUGCCCAAUUCAUAAAUAUUAUUCCUGAUGACGUGGAUAUCGUGAAACCAAUCUCAUCAGUAAUGAGACUGACAACUUCUCAUGACACGUCCGGUAAACAUGCGCAAAUGACACAGCAACAAAUAACAAUGACAACAUUGGGACUGCGGAAACAGCUGUCUCUCGCAAUUAUCACAUAUAUCAAGAAACUUGACCUGACGCCACCAGACCGAAAUCAACCGCUGGAAAAACAAAAAAGGCAAUGUGGAAUGAAAAAACGAAUCGUCAAGGAUAAAAUUAAGCGAUUCGAAACGUACGUUGGUAUGUUGGAAACAAUCAACCAAAUGGCUAGACCUCAUACAACAAACUACGACAGCAACGAAGAAAAAGGAGGAAGAAGAAAAUUACCACUACCAAUCUUUAGUGGAAAUCCAAAACUGUGGCGUGAAUUCUGGAAUGCAGCUGUACAUCUCCAGGAAAUUCCAACUAUUCAAAAGCUCACUUAUUUAAUUUCAUAUUUAAAAGAAGCAUUAGAAGCAGUAAGAGAAAAAUUAUUAUAUGACGAAUUCCAUUGUAUCAAACGGAACGAUAAAGAAUGGAAACUAAUUGUGGAAGCGAUGGAAGGAACCCUUCGACAUUUAGAAGCAAUAGGUGAAGACUUAGAAUACUCCAGCAUAGAAAUAACUAUUGAAUUGCCACCGUAG